AUGAGUCGCCCUGCCUACCCCAGCAAGGGCAUCACCUUUGUCCGAAAUGACUCCAAGGUCUUUCGCUUCUGCCGCAGCAAGUGCCACAAGAACUUCAAGAUGAAGCGCAACCCGCGCAAGCUCAAGUGGACAAAGGCCUACCGCGCCUCGGCGCACAAGGAGAUGACGGUCGACAGUACCCUUCAGUUUGGCGCGCGGCGCAACGUCCCCGUCCGCUACGACCGCGACCUCGUCGCCAAGACGCUCAAGGCCAUGGAGCGCGUCUCCGAGAUCCGCUCCCGCCGCGAGCGCGUCUUUUACAAGAAGCGCAUGCAAGGAAAACGCGAGCGCGAGAUUGCCGCCGCACGCAAGCUCGUUGCCGAGAACGAGCACUUGCUGCCCCGCAUGCGCGGCUCCGAGAAGAAGAGGCUCGCCGCCGAGGGCGCCACCGAGGAGGAGAUUGCCGCCCUCGAGGCCGAGGGCCGCUUGUCCAAGAGCAAGGCCGGCAAGGUGUUUGGUCGCGAGAAGAUUCGCCAGCGGGUCACUGUCGACGGCGACGUUGUCGAGGAGCGCGAGGGCGGCGUCAUGCAGGAGGACGACGGCGAGUGGGACGACGAGGAUGCGGAGGAGGACGACGAUGACGAGGACGGCGAUGUCGACAUGGAGGAUUGA